UCGAGCCAAACAGAUUGUGCAGAUAGGGCCAUGUAUUGUGACUUAAAUCCUUAAAACCGAUGUGCCUGUUUCCUGUAAUUCAUAAGUGGAUAGCGGACAAAAAAAGUUGGCUCAUCAUCACUUGGUCUCCUCCCAGCUCGGGGUAACGCCUCCUGUCAUGAAGAUAAAAAGUCAGCUCCGUGUCGGCGGUGGGUGCCUCCACUUAACCAGUACAUUUCCUUCAGGCGUCUUCAGCACCAAAAAGCACCAACGCUCACUUGUCCAUCAUCCGGGUCUGUCUAACGAGUCAACUCAGUUGCGCCCAUGUUUUGAAAAACCACUCCGGUCCGAGGCUCUCGACCAUGUCCACCGGAUCUCUCAGCGACGUCGACGACGAGCUGCUGGACGGCAUCUUCAAGUUCGGCUCCUCCAGCAAGGACUCCGGCACCUCCAACGAGAGCGCCGAGGAGGGCUCCGCCGGCGAGCGGGGGGACGUCGUCGUCGUCCCGGGGAGGAAGCGAGGGGGUGUGGACGUUGUCCCGGGGAGGAAGCGGGGGGGUGGAGACGGAGUCCCGGGGAGGAAGAGGAAGUCUUGCGCGUCGCCCGGCGGCGGGGUGCGCGAGGGCAAGCAGGUGCAGCGCAACGCGGCCAACGCGCGGGAGAGGGCGCGGAUGCGCGUGCUGUCCAGGGCGUUCUCGCGGCUGAAGGGCACGCUGCCGUGGGUUCCGGCGGACACUAAGCUGUCCAAACUGGACACGCUGCGCCUGGCGUCCAGCUACAUAGCGCACCUCCGCCAGGUCCUGGCCAACGACGAGUACGACCACGGAUAUAUUCACCCCGUCAACCUGACGUGGCCUUUCAUGGUUGCCGGUAAACCGGAGAACGAUUUGAAGGAGAUGCUGAACGCCACAAGGUUGUGUGGAACGACGGCCUCUUAAUGCGUCCACACGGCAGGGCACCGAGGGGGUGUUGGUCUCGCAGUGAAAGAGCGCGCUCGUUUCUGCAGGAUCGGAACGCGUGUUUCAUCUCCACAGACUCCGAGUGGGAAUAACCGAGGGAGUGCCCUCAUGCGUUCCCGUAAAGACAAGCCGAAAAUUUAUUUAAGUGUCUUGUGUCAUUUGUUAUCUUUGCUGGUUCAAAGAUAAACUGCCUGCUCUUAUGUUUUUUUGGUACUCUGCAGAUUUUCUAUAAACAUCUUUUUUUCUUCCUAUAAACUCGAAUUGACCUGUUUUGGGGAGAUUGCGCAUUGUGACAUUGGAAUUGCACAUGAGAUAUU